AGUAGCCGCAGUAGGAGUGCUGUGACGACGAAACACGAUCAAUAUGAAAUUUCUGGCAGCUAUCUGCGUGUUCGCCGUCGGCGUGAGCGCACAGGUUGGGCCUUCGGGCAUCGUCAGCCCCGAUGGGGUGAACACCCAGUUCUCCCACGACUUCGCCAAUGACAUCGUGCUGGUUGGACCCGCUGGCAUCGUCACGAAGUCUGGCGCCAACCGCCAGCUUACCCACGGAGAGGCCACCCUUCACGUUGCUGCACCAGCUGCUCCUCUUCCUGUGGCUCAGAUGGUGUCCCAGCGUGGCGUGAUUGGGCACUCUGGCAUCGUUCGCCCAGUUGGUAACAACGUCCAGUUCACCCACGCCCAGGCUGGCAACAUCGUGCUGGUUGGCCCAUCUGGCAUCGUGACCAAGGACGGCUCCAACAUCCAGCUGACCGACGACCUCCACUUCGUCCAGAAGCGCGAUACCUAUGGGCAUCUGGUGGGAGCCUCAGGAAUCGUGACCAAGGAUGGCCAGCUGAUCCAGCUGGAACCUGGUGUGGUUGUGGCCAUCGCUGGUCCCUCCGGCGUGGUUCUGUCCAACGGAAAGAACAUUCAGCUCAACCUGUAAAUGAGUUUUCCAUUCUAAUACAAAAAAUAUAUAUAUAAAAAAACAUCUUAUCGCAAUCUGAUAUCGUAAUCUAUUUUAUCAAUUUGUUAAAUUCUUAAUUUAACAAACAAAGGUUUAUAGACAACAACACAGAAAGAUCAUCCAGCUCAUCUGAUAAUUUUGUACUUACGUAACUU